AAUACAAUCAAUAAUAUUAAUUUAUUAUUAAAUUUGUGGUGCAAUUCAGUACAUAAUAGACUUAUUUUACAUGAUUUGUGAUUAAAAUGACCAUGAAGUAAUUUUAGUGUAUACACACAUUUUUUAUUUGCCAGUUGUUGUAAUACAAUUCAGUAAAUACUAUAUAUAAGCAGAAUAAUGUCUGUCAUAACAAAACCCAAUUAUAUCGUCCGUUGUAUCCGACCGUUAGAUUUUGAAGAAGUCAGAGAUAUCUGGACUGCAACUGGUUUUGCGAUUCAUAAAUACGCCAACGAUGUUAUGAUCAAAGCUGAUCCCAAAGGCAUAUUUGUGGCCGAAGACACCGAUACAGGCAAACUAUUGGGAUAUGUGGCCGCCGUUAACCUAACCGAUGACUUUUCAUUCAUUGGCGGAUAUUGUGUUCGUCCGGAAUAUAGGGGACACGGAAUCGGACAAAGCAUAUGGAAUACAGGAAUGGCACACAUGGGGGACAGGAAUGUCGGAGAAUUUGCGUUCACUUACAAAAUGUUUGAGAUAUACAGGGAUUUCCAUAACUUCAAGUGUAUUCCCGAUAGACAUGCCGUACACUUCAGAGGACCGUAUGAACCGAGUAAAGACAUAAUUGACAAAAUCGAUGGCAUUUCGUUGGUGCCCAUCAAUGAGACCAAUCUUCGGGCUGUGAUUGAAUACGACAAAGACAUGUAUGGCUUUGAUAGAGGCGUUUAUAUCAAAGGACUCUCUAAGAGUCCCGAAAGUGUCAAUUUAGUGGCGAUUAAUGAGAAAAAUCAAGUGUUGGGCUAUUGUAUUGUCUUAGCCCUAACUUUUGGCGUAACAGGU